AUGACAAUGAAAUACUUCUUGUCUUUGAUUGUGACUGCUGGUAUCCUACCUGUUUUGAUUUUAAGUGUAAGACCAGCUGCAGUUUCAUAUCGUAUACUACUCACUGAACUGGAAGCUGUCCAAAGAAAAAUUGUUAUUAUGCAUAACACCCUUAGGAGAAAUGUAGUUCCACCAGCCAGGAACAUGCUGAAGAUGAAUUGGAGUGAAGAAGCUGCACAAAAUGCCAGAAUUUGGUCAAAUAACUGUGAAUUAAAAAAGAGCAAUGCACUUAAGAGGCGAAUUACAAACACAUUUUGUGGAGAAAAUAUGUAUCUGACAUCUUAUCCUGUCUCCUGGUCAAAUGUAAUUGGAACUUGGUAUAACGAGUCUCAAUAUUUCAAAUAUGGGAAUUGGGCAUCAGCUGGUGGUGAUGAAGUAAUUGAGCAUUAUACUCAGAUUGUUUGGGCCACUACGUAUCUCAUUGGCUGUGGCGUAGCAUCAUGCCGCAAGAAAAAAUCCACUCAAUACCUCUACGUUUGCCACUACUGUCAUGAAGGAAAUGAUCCUGGCAAAAUGAAUAUGCCAUAUAAUAAAGGGACCCCAUGUGGAGCCUGUCCAGAAGACUGUGAAGAUAAACUUUGUACUAAUCCCUGCCCCUACUAUGAUGAGCAAACUAAUUGUAAGGCAAAAAAACGACAUCAGGAAUGCAGCCAGCUGUCAGUUCAACAACUCUGCAAAGCGAGCUGUCAGUGUGACACAGGGAUAAAAUAA